AUGACUCGGCCUGGUCAUGAGGCCGUGUCGGACACGGGACAACAGUAUAGUAAUGCGCCCGAAGCUGUAGUGCAUUCAGAUCUAGAGGUCGCCUACGAUCGGAAGGGCAAGUAUUUGUUCCAGCCCGACCGGGAGAAUUAUCCUGAACUACAUGCUACAUCAGCAGGGUCAAAGUCUGGGGCGAACACGGCAGAGCAGAAUAUUGCACACAGUCGCAGGCGCUGGUGGAAACGGAGGAGUGUAUGGAUCAUCCUAGUUGGCUCCCUACUCGCCGUCAUUGGGCUUGUCGUCGGGCUAGUCGUCGGGCUCAAGAACCGAUCGCACAAUUCCAACACCCCAGAAGACAACAAUUCAGAUGAGAAUAAUGCCGACGUUGACCCAGCCUCGCUAUGCCAUGGCACCGUCUGCCCUCAAGUCAUUGCCACAGCAGGAUUCAGAGAUGAGCUGCAUAUUUUCAUACGGUCCUCUAACGACCAUAUAAUGCACCGUUCCGGCAACGGCUCUUCCUUCACUGAUAGCUCCUGGGAAGACUUGUUUGAUACGACGGGCACAUUCAGCCAGCCUGCCGCCAUAGCUUGGAAGCCGGAGGGCAAGGACCGCCUCGAUGUCUUUGCGCUCAGCUCCUCAGAGCGCACCAUUUACGGCCGCCACUUCCAGGAUGGCAACUGGUCUGACUGGGAGGAGAUUGCCUCUGGUGCCGACAGUCAGCCAGUGCUGUGCAAGGUAGCCGACAAUCGCAUCGACAUGUGGACGACAGAUUUGGAGAGCCACAACAUCACCCAGAACGACUGGAUCGUCGAGAAAGAUGGCUUCUGGAGCACAUUGGACGGCGACGGUAAAUUCAACAGUAGCGACACUGGCCCAGCAAGGUCCGCUGCCGGCAUCGCCUGCCGCGAUUACAACAUCGCCCACGAUAUUGCUUGGUACGACCGCGACAACGGCUCGCUCUGGUAUCGCUUCUACAAAGACAGAGACGGUUGGUCCACGCCGAAGGACUUUGGUGGUCACUUCAUCGGCGACCCAGCGCUGGCGUCUUUUGCGAACUAUCCACAGCGGCUGGAUUUCUUUGGCGUGCAGGAGAACCACCAGGUCUAUCACUUCAGUCGCACGGGCGACGAGGACUCGGAGCUGGAGACGCUGGGCGGCAAUGUGACGAGUACGCCCGCGGUGGUGUCACCAUUUAGGGGUGUCAUCGACGUCGUGGCCCUAGGGAGGGAUGGGCGGAUCAAACAUGUGCAUUAUAACGGGAGCGCAUGGGCGGGUGAGUGGGAGGAUCUGGGCGUGAGCGCGUCAGCCGCGCCACAAGUCGUGAUGUUCAACGGGUGGGUGGUUUUGAUGGCGCUGGGGAAGAACGAAGUACGCUAUGCAUCAUGGAAGUCGGAAGGCGAGAGUGCCUGGGCGGAUCUAGUUAAGAUGGAGUCUCUACCAGAUGUUACUCCGUCGCUGGACUUUUUUGAAGAGGAUUCAUGA